AUCUUAACUGCUAGACCAAGUGCUCACAUGGAAUAGUCUUUAAAAAUGGGUAUACGAUAUGUUCUCUGCACCUUCCUGAUAAGGUAUGAACAUUUGCCUAUAGAGAACUGUUGGGGCUCUGUAUACCUUGGACCUAGGACUAUACAGGUAAGUUGAGAAGCCCAACAAAAGAAAUCCUGAAAUAGGGACAGUGGCACUUGCUCACAGAGCUGCCUGUGUCAUUAAUAAAAGGCUAAAACCCAGGAUUACCUUCGGGUCUCCAGGCCAACAGGCUGGGUGACCAAUCCACUGGCAGGCUCAGGGACAUUGUUGGGAGGCAGAAAUGUUGCUAUGACUACUGAAACCUCGGUGACAGCUAAACAGAAAGGAGAGCCUACUCAGUCUAAGACUGAAUCAAACAAGUCUGCAGACAUGUCCAUGGAAAAGAUGAUGAAGACAGAAGAGAAUUUUCAAAGGUUCACGGACUUUAAGAAGAUGGUUGACAGGUGGCGGAAUUCCCGAACUCGCUGCCUGUGGCAGAUGACGUUGAACCAGAGGAGAAACCCCUACGCCGCCCUGAGGCUGCGGGAGGAAGUGGCGCGGGAGCUGGCGCUGGCAAGCAAGCAGCUGUUGAUGGUCCGUCAAGCUGCCCUGCACCAGCUGUUUGAAAAGGAGUACCAGCAGUACCAGCAGGAACUAAAUCAGAUGGGCAAAGCUUUUUAUGUGGAGAGACUCUGACUGCAUCCGAAACCCCAUCCUCGUCACACCUGCUAACCUAGCCACCUUGAACCUCUACUGCCUUAAAAUUUCCUUCCCCAAAUGUUCCUGGAUCUAGCUAUCUGCCCAGCACUUUAAGACAAUGCUCUCACUCCCACCUCUUGACUCAAUUGCUAUUUGGGAAAUAAUCUAUAAACAAGAGUUAAAGACAGCAGCGACACCUUGUGGUCAGAGUGGGAUAUACAGUGUUGAUGUAGAGGUAGAAUGGACGAUUUGGUUUCGCAAAUAAAACUAGUUCCUAAAAGUGCA